AUGACCAGCCUUGUUCCGGGAGCCUCUCUCCCGGAUCCUCGCCCGCCGGAUGCUAACGCGGGUUCAAGGAGGCCGCCGCAAACCACGUCAUCGCCGAAUAGUAAGGCCGACAGGGAGAUGCAACAAGCGAAGAAGAGGGCUAAGGCCAUGAAAGCGAACCCGUUGUUCGAAGCUGCUCUGGACAUGGAGGAAACGGUAGAGAUGGAGGGUAUCCAUGGCCAGGACGACGUAGAUGGCACUCAAAACCCUGUGCGGACGCCUCUGGUGUCAGCAUGGGGCCAAGGAAAUAAACUCUUUAGCGAUGUCCUUCAGGAGGAUGUCUGGUACGUGGCCGAAUCCGAUUCUGAGGACGUCAAUGCAGCCAUGCACGAAGAUGAUCUCGAUGAUGAAAUACCGGAAGACGACGACCCGAAGUGCCCAACCAUCCCAUUCAAAGCAAUGGAGAAGCUUAGGUACAGGCGAAAGUGGAGAUCGACAUUGAUUGUGAAAGUGCUGAGGAAAACUUUUCCUUUCCAGGCUAUAAGCCGAAGGUUGGAGUCAUUAUGGGCUAAGUGUGGGACCCUACAGAUCUCUAGCCUCUCCUGGGGUUUCUAUGUAGUUCGUUUCACCAGUCAGAUGGAUUAUGAGCAAGCGGCGCAGGGAGGACCUUGGACCAUGGGUGGGCACUACAUUACGGUGCGACCGUGGCGGAAAGGAUUUGACCCUCGCACAGCGGAGGUAGCAACAACCAUGGUCUGGGCCCGGUUGCCGGGAUUACCCAUUGAGUUCAUCAACCGCGAAGCAGUGGAACACAUUGCGUCAAGGAUUGGUCGGGCAAUCAAGGUGGACCGCGCUACUCAAAAUGGGGAUAUUGGGCGGUUUGCUCGAGUUUGUGUUGAGGUGGACCUCACCAAACCGCUUCUCUCUCAAUACAAAAUUGAAGUUAGAACUUACUACAUUGAGUUUGAGGGGUUAUAUCGCAUUUGUACUGAAUGUGGGCAAUAUGGGCAUAAUUCAACCGGCUGCCCAUCACUCUUCCAGCCAACGAAAGAGGCAACCACGGACAAGCCGGUGGAUGAGGCUCCGGUGAAGCCGACCAAGCUGUAUGGUGAAUGGAUGGUCGCGAAGCCCAGGUCGCAGAACCGAGCAAACAAAGUUACCAAACAAAAAUCUGGAGGACCAGCUCAAGCAGCAAACUCUUCGCCAUCUCGCCAGGUUCCUGGCUCGAGGUUUGAUGUCCUGAGCACGGAGGAAGGUUUAGCUACCGAGGAUAACAUGGAACUGGAAAUUACCAUGAGAGAGACUGCUGAGGUAACUUCAAUGGGGGAAGGCAACACCAGGUUGGAGCACAAACCACCAGUCCGGUCGUCUUACCAACUAUAG